AGGAUAGGCCGGACAACGUAGAAACUAGAAUCUUCGUUGUCUGAGAGACAUCGAACGCUGGGUACCUAGAUGGAGAAUAAUGGUGGCUCCUAGCUGGUGUUGUUCACUGCAGUAUCACAUUGUUGAAGACAGCUAAUUACUUUUGACCUCUGGGAGAAGAGAGGUGGAUAAGAUGCAUUUUACAAAUGGAUUGUUUUUUCUAUUUGGUUUCGUUUUCUUCAUAUGCCAAGGCUCACUCAUCAAUCGACUGAAGUACCAUGAGGUGAUGCAUGCAAGUGAGCUAAGCCACACAAUUGUGAAGCGAGGCAUCAACAGCAGCCCUCAUCCUUUCAACAAAAUCAAAGAGCUAACAUUCAAAACACUGGGCAGGGAUUUCAAGCUUAUGCUUUCACCAAGAAAGUAUCUGCUACACAGCCAGUUCAAGGCAUAUGAAGUGGACAAGGAUGGAAAGGAAAAACUCCACCACAUCGACCCGGAGCACCACGACCUGUACGAGGGCCGUGUGUUCGGCGAGAUAGAGUCGGACGUCAGCGCUCUUAUCGAGGACGGCGUGAUGACGGCUACCGUACGGACGAAGGAGGAUACGUACCACAUUGAGCCGGCCUGGCGCCACAUCGACGACCCGCUGCGCACUCGGAUGAUCACCUACCGCAGCUCGGACGUGCUGGAUGGCCAGCCGGGCCUGCCGCUGCCCUCGCUCGGCUCCCACUGCGCCUACGUGCGCGAGGAGGGGAACGCCACAGGCCCGGAGUGGGGCGAGGAGGGCGGUCCAGGUCCUCACGUGCGAGCUAAGCGCCAGACCACAGAGGCGUUCACGUUCAACAUAAUGAAGACGCGCUGUCCGCUGCUGCUGGUGGCCGACUACCGUUUCUACAAGGACAUGGGCAGCAGCAACACUAAGACCACUAUCAACUACCUGAUCAGCUUGAUCGACCGUGUAGACAAGAUUUACCGCGACACGGUGUGGGCGGCGGGCGACCGCGACCGAGGCGUGGGGGAGCGCCACCUGGGAGCCAUGGGCUUCGUCAUCAAGAAGAUCGUGGUGCACAGCGAGCACACGCCGGUGGCGCGAGGCCAGGAGCACUACAACAUGGACACGGGCAGCUGGGACGUGCGCCACCUGCUCGAGGUGUUCAGCCGCGACUACACUCACAAGGACUUUUGUCUGGCGCACCUGUUCACCGACAUCCGGUUCGACGGCGGCAUCCUGGGGCUGGCCUACGUGGGCUCUCCGCGACGCAACUCGGUCGGGGGCAUCUGCACGCCCGAGUAUUUCAAGAACGGAUUCACUCUGUACCUGAAUUCGGGCUUGAGCUCCUCACGGAAUCACUACGGCCAGCGGGUCAUCACACGCGAGGCCGACCUGGUGACGGCCCACGAGUUCGGCCAUAACUGGGGCAGCGAGCACGACCCCGACAUGGCCGAGUGUUCGCCCAGCGCCAGCAAGGGCGGCUCCUACCUCAUGUACACCUACUCCGUGUCCGGAUACGACCUCAACAACAAGCGUUUCUCCCCGUGCUCUCUGCGCUCCAUCAACCUGGUGCUGAAGGCCAAGUCAUCCCGCUGUUUCACCGAGCCCGAGGAGUCGUUCUGCGGAAACCUGCGUGUCGAGGGCGACGAGGAGUGUGACGCCGGUCUGGUCGGCUCCGAGGACGAGGACUCGUGCUGCGACAAGAACUGCAAGCUGCGCCGGAACACGGGCGCCGUGUGCAGCGACAAGAACUCUCCGUGCUGCAGCAACUGUCAGUACCUGCAGCUGGGAGCCAAAUGCCGAGAGGCCAGUCUGGCUACCUGUGAGAAGGAGGCCACCUGCAACGGCGCCCGGGCCGACUGUCCGGCCUCUGCUCCAAUGGUGGACGGCACCGAGUGUCAGGAGCACGGCGGUCGCUGCCGCGCCGGCAAGUGCGUGUCGUUCUGCGAGCUGAACGGCCUGCACAGCUGCAUGUGCGACGUGGAGAAGUACGCGUGUAACCUGUGCUGCCGCAAGUCGCUCAACGACACGUGCACGGCGCAGGAGCCGCUGCGCACCCUCUCCGGAGGAACGCCCUGCAUGCACGGACUGUGCAACAACAUGGGUGUCUGUGAGAAGACCGUACAGGACGUGGUCGAACGCUUCUGGGACAUCAUCGAGGACAUCAACAUCAACAAGGUGUUGCGGUUCCUGCGUGACAACAUCGUGGGCACUGUGCUGGUGAUCAGCAUCAUCAUCUGGGUGCCGGCCAGCUGCGUGUUCAGCUACGUGGACGCCAAGCGGCGCCGCCAGGAGGAGGAGGAGCUGGCCUGGCAGCGGCGCGACCAGCUGAUCCGGCCCGGCGAGCGGCGCGUCGUCUACACUCGCCGCCGGCUGCCCGACCGCGAUCGGCCCGCAGAGUAUGGCGCCUCCGCCAGGAUGUAGGCGGCGCGGGCGGGAGGGUUAGCAGCCGGGAGCCGCCGGGCGGGGUCGAGGUCCGCCGUGUCGUGUUCUGACUGGUAGUAGGGCUAUUAUGCGCUACUCGGCCGGCCGGCCAGAUGUAGGUGGGAAUUGAGAUGGCCAGGGGCCGUGUGUCUAUUGUGACGCGGCUGGCCAUGUGGUUUUUGAUUGCCCGCUGGAAGAUAAGUCAUUUUUGUGAUGUAUUUACCGGAUAGGCGUUUUAUGCCACAAUUCAGAGGCUCUGUCAGCUGUUUCGUAUGCAGUGCAGUCUUGUUCUGCAAGCGCCGAUAGUAUGUAGAUGGUGAAUGACUCACAUCAGCGUAGUAUUUUCACAGUACGUAGUUAGCACGAUUUGAUCGAAGGAAGCUCAGCCAAGCCCGUGAUUGCUUGUAUAUCAUGUUUCCUAUCAUCAUUAUUUAUCAGUCAUCACAUUGUAAGGGCAAGUUUUGAAGCAUCCUUUCUUCACGCGAAGGAUUAUUUCGCUGCACAGCACAGCUUACAUUUCUGCGGCCGUGUGCAGCAAACAUAUACUUGGGAGUGUUGUUUUCGCCACGCAAUGGUGGCGAAUGUGCGCGUGAAUGCGUCUGACUCUGAUAGUGUGGUGUUUGAACACGUCCGUACUAUUAUCACGGCAACGUGUGAUUUAAGGAGUCGCGGUGCCGUGAAUUUAUCGUGUGUCGAGUGUAGCGCAAAUUCAUUGAACAUUAGAUAUCGUCUGAUGAUUUAUCAGCUUAGAAUCCAUCCGCGGUUGUGUGAUAGGCUUUCGAGAUGUGUUUUCCGUCGCUUUACAUGUGCCCCCAGUUACCCUGUAGCUCCUACCUGUGUCCUUGCAUGGUGCGAUGCGCCGUCUGCCCUGUGGACGCUUCACGACCGACAGCUCAUACGGCUGAGCAGCUGUCGGGACGUUCAGUCGCGCAACGGCAAUCGUUCGGAGCCGGCGUCGGUCGCGUGAUCUCCCCGUCCCCUAGUCAUGUGUUAUUUGUCCCCGCGGACGAUGCGUUCUGAAGUGAUAUUAGAUCAGUCACUUCUAUCGGAACAAAUAUACCCACGAUACGAGAA